GUUUAACUGCAAACGGUCACAUGUUUAGGGUUUUUUUAAUCUUUUUAUUUUUGCCACCCAUGCCUUGUAGACCCCACCCUUGCCACAUCAUCUCGAUGGUUUGAACCCAGAACCAAAUGCAGAGUGAGCAACAUCUGGGACCUUCCUCCUUUCGCCUCGCUCCUGCUCUGCCCCAACAUAGCUCUGCUCUGCGUCCCCGCUCUCUCUCCUUUCCCGACGGUUCGAACCCAGAACCCUCUGAUCUUGGCCGCUCGGAUCCGUCGCAAGACCGACGAGACCUCGCUAGCGAUUUGCCUUCGCUUUCCUCUGUCAUUUCACGUUUAUUUUGUUUUCACUAUAUUGAUGCCUUCGUCUCAUUCCCCAAGACGAUAACCCAUUUCAUGAUUUCAUUUGCGUCAGGGUUGCAGGGUAGAUAUCCAUCGCAAUCAUUUCGAUUUUUUUUCCAGUUUUGCUCUUCCUCCCCCUCCCAUUCCCUCUCUCAGCAGAGUCGUCGUUACCGGUACGGUAAUACCGGUCUGGGGUUGGUGACUCCGCUUGGUUGCGGUGUGGAAACGACAUGGAAGCGGUUGAUAGAGGGCAAUUGUGGGAUAAGGGCGAUAACGCCUGAAGAUCUCAAGAUGGGUGCUUUUGGUAGAGAGACUCCGUUGCAUAUAUUUGAUCAACUGACUUCUAAAGUUGCGGCAACUGUGCCAUGUGGAAUGGGCUCCGGUGAUUUCAAUGAAGAAUUGUGGCUUAUUUCAAAGAAUUUCUCCGGUUUGGGGGAUAAAAGAGUUUAGAUCGAAAUUAGAGCUUUUUUAUCUUUAGGAAAUUAGUCAUUGAAGCUGCAAACGCAAGUGGUUUUAGAGCUGAAUUUUCAGCUGUCAUAUUGCUGAUGGAAAUUAGGUGAAGCUUCACCUUAAACCGACUGUAAGAUUACCAUGGCUUUGCGUGUCCUUCAGGCGUCUGAAUAAGAAAGGGACAUCCUUGGCAUCUUUCACAGUGAUAGUACUUCUAGUUGUCUGGCGGUGAAAUGCCAAUAUGCUUAAUUUAGUUUAGAUACAUAUGCAGUGUCCAACACCUUGCUGGAUGACUUGUAUUCCAUGAUUAGCUGUUGACUUUAAUUUUUUUAAGGCUUACCACAUAUAUUGAAAUGAUUGAGUUUGUACAUGUUGUUGGUUCCUUGUGUCAUUAACAACAAUCUUUGUUUCUAGGAGCAUCGAUCAAUUGCAAGGUUCAUAGCCUAUGCUCUUUGUGCAGCUGAUGAAGCUUUAAAAGAUGCAAGAUGGCUGCCCAUUAAGCAGGAAGAGAAGGAAAGAACGGGCAUGUCCAUUGGUGGAGGGAUUGGGAGCAUCAGUGAUAUAUUAGAUGCAGCACAAAUGAUAUGUGAAAAGGUUGUUUUAUCAUGAUACUCAAUUUGAUUAUGAUUAUUGCUACUAUCAUGGUUUCUUGUGUCUUCAUCAUCUUCGGCAGUUCCCGCUACAUUAGCUAUUGACUUGAAAUCAUGCCACUUGGCUAUGUAAACAGUUGAAAUGACAAGUGAAAGGUCUGCUCUUUGAAUACAGCGCCUUCAUUGGCUCAGUCCAUUCUUCAUUCCAAGGAUAUUAAUCAACAUGGCAUCUGGUCAUGUGAGCAUGAAAUAUGGAUUCCAGUUCUACCAUGGUUGUGAUAGCUUUUGAAAAGUUGCUCUUGCAAUGUCUAGUCAUGUUUUUGAAUAUAGGGACCAAACCAUGCUGCAGUGACAGCUUGUGCAACUGGUGCACAUUCUAUUGAUGAUGCUACUAGAAUGAUUCAGUUUGGGGAUUCAGAUGUUAUGGUUGCUGGGGGCACAGAGUCCAGCAUUGAUGCUUUAUCAAUAGCUGGAUUUUGCA